AUGUACAUCGUUUUCCUUCUCCCACUUGUCUAUCUCUUCACGAGGACUGUCUACCGUAUCUACUUUCAUCCUCUUAGCAAGAUUCCAGGGCCCAAGAUAGCAGCAGCCACUCACUUUCACGAAUUUUACCACAAUGUCAUCCGUGGUGGAAAGUUCAUAUGGGAGAUUGAGAACAUGCAUAGAAGAUACGGCCCAAUUGUGCGAAUAAACCCGCGAGAAGUGCAUAUCUCUGAUCCAUCAAUGUACGACGAGAUCUAUGCUGGUGGUGGACGAAAGCGCGAAAAGGACCCGUCCCUGGUGUCAUCUUAUGCUUCAUCAUAUGCGGCGCUGGCAACAAUCGACCAUGACCUUCACCGGGCCCGUCGAGCCCCACUGAAUCCGUUCUUUUCAAAGAAAGCUGUAUCAGAGCUCUCGGACAUUCUUCAUGAGAAGAUAUUUCUUCUAUCGUGGCACCUUGAACGGGCACAUACAGAACGAGCUGGGAUCACAUUAAGUACUGCCUUGAUUGCACUGACAGGCGACAUUAUCACGCACUACCUUUAUGGUCAAGACAACGGGUACCUGAAAGACCGAGACCUGGCGAAAAGAAACAUGGUAUGGGAGAUCAUGGCUGAGGGCACUAGUGCAUGCCAUCUGUUCCGGUUCUUCCCAUGUAUUCCAACGUUAACAAAGGCAUUGCCUGGACGACUCAUGCGCCUCAUUCGUCCAGCGUUGUCAAAUGUCUACGAUAUGCAGGAACAGAUUGCACACCAAUCAGAGGAAGCCCUAUCGCUUCACGGUCCUUCGAAACUAAGGACGAUCUACCAUGCUCUGAAUGACCCCUCCGUCCCUACUUCCGAGCGGUCCCUAGCUCGUCUGCGCGACGAGAGCUUCAUCGUCCUGAUCGGAGGAACCGAAAGCACAGCGGCGACAUUGACAUUUGCAAUAUAUCACCUUCUCCGCAACAAGGAUAUGUAUCUCAAACUCCGGCAAGAGUUGCAACAAGUCAUGCCAACACCAACCAGUGAAGCGAACUGGCCACAGCUGGAGCGGCUACCGUACUUGACGGCUAUAGUCAACGAAGCCCUUCGACUAGGAGCAGCAGCCUUGCGACCAGCACGAGUCGCACCCACGGAGACACUAUAUUAUCAGGGGCACAGCAUCCCACCUGGCACCCCGGUCAGCACCAUCAGUUAUUUCAUUCACAGAAACCCUGCCAUAUUCCCUAAUCCAGAGAGCUUCAACCCCGAGCGAUGGAUCGAAGCUGCUGAACAAGGAGACAAUCUUACCCGGUAUCUCGUUCCUUUCACACGGGGUAGUAGAGUCUGUAUUGGAAUGAACCUAGCCUAUGCAGAGCUGUACAUGACUCUCGCGUCCAUUGUGCGCCGCUUUGACCUGGAACUGUACGGGACGCAGCCUAAGGAUAUGGAGUUUACACGUGAGAUGGUCGUACAGCGCCCAGAAAGAGGGGUGUGGACGCUCGAUGUUCGAGUAGUCGGCGUCACUAAAUGAAGGAGGAUGGCGGAGUCGGUGGUCACAUGGAUUGGCCUUUUCCGACAUGGACAUCUGUUGGAGAUCAUGUCACCAAAUAGAGCACAACCUCGGUUGACGAGUU